AUGGUCCUGGUUCAACAGGCCUACAUCUCAAAUUACACUGGGCAUGCCAAAAUAGAUCGGCUCCUCUUUAUCGCGGACCGGACUGCGGGCAAGCCACUAGAGCUGGAAGCGCUCAGAAUGGCACAUGACGAGCUCAAGAAGACCGAGAACACGCACCGGUACCAAGAGGUUGUCACCAAGAUUAAUGGACGCCUGGGAUCGUGUUAUAACAUGGACAGGUCCUGGGUGGACGCCACUGAACGCAGGUCUGCAGCCAAGGGAGAGCGGCUGGAAUCUGAGCUCCAGAGCUUCAAGGCCGCUCUGAUGAAGGAGAGCAUCCGCAUGGGGCAUUCGGAUCUCGGGGAUUGGGCGUACGACAGGGGAGACCUGCAGACGGCCUUCAAGUGCUAUGUUCGUACAAGGGACUACUGUACGACAUCUCGCCACGUGGUGGCCAUGUGCCUGGCUGUUAUCCGUACGGCGCUGGAGCUGGGAAACUUUGUCCACGUGGCGAACUAUAUUGGCAAGGCUGAGUCCACGCCCGACGUGUCCAGCGACCCGGUUACCACCGCCAAGUUGAGGGCGGCCAGCGGGCUGCACCUGCUGCACAACAAGAAGUUCAAGCAGGCGGCCAGGAAGUUCUGCGAGGUCAGUCCCGAGUUGGGCUCAUCGUAUUCUGACGUCAUCGCGCUGCAUGACUUGGCGGUGUACGGCAGUCUGUGUGCGCUGGCCUCCCUCGACCGAUCCGAGUUGCGCACCCGGGUCAUUUCCAACAUUGGCUUCCGGGAGGUCCUGGAGCUGGCACCCGAGAUUCGCGAGCUCGUCCACGCCUUCUAUAACAGCCAGUAUGCCUCCGCUCUGCGGUGCCUGGAGGCGCUGAAACCCACGUUGCUGCUGGACAUGCACGUGGCGGAGUACGUGCCCCAGCUGUACGCGCUCAUCCGCCACCGAGCUCUGUGCCAGUACGUGCAGCCCUUCUCCUCCGUCAACCUGGCGACCAUGGCGGUGGCCUUCAACACACCCGUGGGCGAUUUGGAGAAGCAGUUGGCGGGUCUCAUUAUGGACGGGGCCAUCUCCGCCAGAAUUGACUCGGCCACCAAGGUGCUGUACGCCAGCAAGGCCGACCUGCGCGCCACCACCUUCUCCCGGGUGCUGUCCGCGGGUGAGGCGUACUGCCGGGACACCCGGGCGCUGCUGCUGAGAGCCAACCUGGUGCAACAUGACUUCAUGCAGGUGGGGGGGGAGGACGGACCGCUGCAGGGGCCGGUUGGGCGGGUGGUGGUUAUGCGGGAGAUUGAAGGGGGGAAUGGAAAGAGAAAAGAGGAUCCUGGACCCUGGUACGGCCCGAAUGCGGACUUGGCGGGUACAUGGGAUUUUCAUUUGCGGAAGGAAGACGGAUGUGUGCGUGCGGGGGUAGGGUAG